AUGAUGAAAAUUUAUUUUUCUAUAUUUUUAAUUAUUUAUAAAGGAUAUGUAUUAUCAGUUAAUGGACAAAAUUGCUUUGAAUAUACAUGGAUAGCUCCAAUAUUUGCUGAAAAUUCUGACAAGUAUAAUUGUUCAUCAAUCAAAAAUAAUCCUUGCAUCUCUCCCAUAAUUUAUACAGAAAAACCACCAGAUACAAAUGAAUUGUGGGAAACAAAACAAAGAUUAUGUUCUAUAAUAUCUGGCAAUGUUUGUAUAAAAUAUACUUUUUACUUUAAUAACAACAUUGUUAAUACAUCAUUGUUUUGUGGAAGAGCAAUAGAAGAUAAUAUAAUACCUAUCACAUCAGGAUGUUAUGAACAACAAAUUAAUGGUUACGUACUUGAAAUGUGUGCUUGUGAAGCUAGACAAGGAAAACCUUGUAACACAUCAGUAACAAUAAAAUAUUCUAUUAUUUUAAUAAAUACAAUGUUAUUACUUAUAUUUAUAAGAUUAUUAUAAAAUAUUUAUAAGGUUAAUUUAAUUUUUAUAAUUAUAAUAUAUAUUUAAUUAUUAUAAUAUAUAUUUAUAUAUUAUAUAUUAUAAAUUUUUAUUAUAAUAAUUUAUAAAUAUACAUUAUAAUAAAUAUCAUUAUAUUUAAAUAUUUUAAUAUCAUAUUCUUUAUAAGUAUUUGUAAUAAAAUGGAAGAUACAUGAAUAAAAUUUUAU